AUGGGCCUGGGCCCACACCCAGUGGAGUGUGAUGUUGCUGCAAAGGCCCUCCUGGAUCCGGAUGUUGUUGCUGGUGUCAAGGCGACCUGGCUUCAGUCACUCCCUGAAGAUAGGAGUCAAAAGCUCGAGGAGGACUUCACAGAGGCUGUAACAAGACGGGCCCUCCCAAUGGAACGCCUGGGGGGGAAAAGGUCUUGGGAGCACUGGGCGCCUAGGCCUUCUCGGAUGGAAGGGCCGGUCAAACAGCUUGCCCUGGACAGGGCGGCAAAGAAAAAGUGGGCGGACAAGAUCAUUUCCGUUCUUGCGCCCUACCACAGACACUUCGAUAACAUGCAGGACAUCAAGCCGGGGGAGGACAAGUAUGAGGACAUGGCAAAGCACCUCCUGCAUGAGGCGGUUGACCAACAGUUUACAAUCUACAGACUGGGUCAGUUGUGGAGGACACUUCACUCGAUCCCCCACCACUUCGGAGGCUUUGACCCCACUGUCAACCAGGCGAUCAACAGGCGCUAUGAGUACACCAGGGGCCUCUUGGUCUCUUCGGAGGCAAAGAAAGAAAGGAGGGCCACUCCGCCUUCCAUGGAGGUGGUCAUGGCGCUGGAAAAGUUGGCGGGGACCCUCCCGGAUGGCUCACCGGAUGGCUACGCUGCCUCGUUCUUCCGGUUCUGCAUAGGGGCCUCGGUGGAGUGGUGGGGACCUAUGAUCGCCCUCAGCAAGAGGCGUAACAGCCUAGCCACGAAAGGACUUGACCUUGAUGCUCCUUACUACCAGUUGGCUGAAGAACCACGUCAGGAUCCCUCCGAAGCGCAACUUCCGGUGCUUGCGUCGGUCAAGGAUCCUCAAGAGGAAAACCGGGCGGACGGCCCUGUCUUCAUGGCCACCAACUCUCGGAAGACAGGAUCUCCUCCUGUGUACCGGGUACACUGGUUUGACCGAGGCUACCGCUGUCUGGGUUGUGGUUGGAGGCCCAAGGACUCCAAGAGUCUGGUUACGUUCUACGAGCUAGACUGGACACCGGACUAUGUCUUCUGUGAAAAGGCGGCGCGGGCCAAGCAGCCCCCGGACUGCUUCCUACGCGACGUGGUGACCAAGGACUCCUCCAGCAAGGAACCCUCGAACGGAAACCACUCCCCGCAUGGGAGCGAGCCCGGCGGCCUCCUCCUCCACGAGGUCGGUAUCCACGGACUCCUGGCGACCCCUCGUUCCCUAGGGGCGGUUGGCACAGGUGCCGACCUUGUGGUGGAAGGGGGGCUUUGUGAAUCGGAGGUGGCAGGCAUUAGCCCUGCGGACUUGGCGUAUUUCCGACCGGAAUCCGUGCUUGCAUUGAUCAACUCGCAUGUCAUAGGGCCAAGCCAACAGCCUUCCCUCUGCAUCCUGCUCGGGCCGGCUGCCAUUUUGGGUCGAUGCCAAGCUGACCCUGGCACGCCCCCGGAGCUGUGCCCAGACCCCUACAAGGAGGAGGUCAUGAAAAUCGAAGAGCACGUUCGUCUGGUCCUGGCCAGGCAUCAGGUCCCGUGGCUUGUCCUCUUUGUCAUGGGAAAGCAGGGCUUUGUCACGGCCCAGGACUGGGCAGGCCGUUGGGAUGAAAAGGAACUCCGGAAGGAGGCUCCCAAGUUGGGCUUUUCACCAGGCCAGAAUGGUUACGAUGAGCAUACGUGCGUCCUCACGGCUAUCCGCCUGGAGAACGCGGUCGAGCAGUUCAAGCUCCUAAAGAAAAGGAAGCUGGCCGAGGUGGAUAUCCACUCGGUCGAAGACUACAAAGCAAUGAUUGGCAGAGGUGACCGCCAAGAAAUGAGGGCAGCUUACCUCUCCAAGUUCGGCACGGAACCGGAGCGGGAAUACGAAGGAUCUGACCAUAUGCUUGGUGUCAUGAAGAGGGUCUUGUACCGGGGAGAGUUCCUUUCAGGCUCCCAGCUGGAUCUCAACAAGGUCGUAGCAAACCACCCCAAGGAUGGUGAAUUGAAGUUCCAGAAGCGCCAAAGCAAAGAAGAUGAGGAGUGGAUCCAUGAGGAAUCCAAUCGUGUCCAGUCGGAGAAACAAUGGAAGCGGGUCCUCAUGAUCUGGCGCACGUCCCUCCUCAUGGUUGUGGCGACAUGCACGGGCCCUUCUUGCAUUCACCUCACCAAGGCAGACUUGGACGACUUCUACAACUUCCUCUUCGGGGAUACCAUCAUGGGCCGUGAGCCUGCCCCCUCAUUGAGGGUUUUAAUGACAGCCGAAAGAAAGGUCUGGCGCCAGGUGGCCCUCAACAUGGCUAAGGAUGAGACUUUGACCAUCUCAGCCGCCCUCAAAGAAAUCCAGAAUAACUCGGGAUUCUGGUCUAUGGAAAUCGAUGAGUUCUGCUUUCGUCGCCACCAUACUGUCCAGCCCAAAGCCCCAGAAAAGGCGGUGGUGACCAAUGGAAUCGAGACCGUUGGUACCAGGCUCUACCUACGCUUCCGGGCUUUAGAGGAUGAUGCCAGGAGCACCAAAGCAGCGAUUGCACAGGUUGAAACCUUUUCAGACCUUUGUGCUCUGGCGCUCUCUGGCGACCUCAUGGCAAUCAUUGGAGGGGGCAGGAAAGGUCAAGCAGCCUGGGGCCUCGAAGACCUUCAGGUGUCGGUGCUCAGGGAUACGGAUAAUGACUCUUUGCUCUUGCUCAGGAUGCUGCUCCUCUACCACCUUGCAAUGGCGUCGGGCCCUCGGCCCCCUGCAUUCCUCCUGGAACACGCGGAGGAUCCCGCCAACCAAGGUACCUCGGAAGCUCAGCAGAAUUGUUCUUCGUGGUGGGCCACGGCCCAGUGUAAAGACUUCGCGGGCCUGACGCGGAUGAAGAUACACUGCUUUGACCAGUGUAUGCUGGGGCACGGAGCCAGGAAACCCACGGCGGUUCUUAGCAAUCUGGCCCUGGACUGGGAUGGCCUCAGGUGCAGGCAUCCGGACCACCCCGUCUGGUGGUCCAGUUCUGACUUGGCCCGUUGGGGGUGGCAAUUCAAUCUUGAAUUGGCCACGGCCCUGCUAGCUUUCUUUUCAACAUCCGGGGACACGGAUGGUGACCGCUCCAUUGCUUCGGCAUUGGCUCCUGUUGCGGCUAGACAGGGACAAAUGCAAGUUGGCCUGGCUUGGUCAUUGGAUCGAGGAGACACUCACCUCGGGGACGGUUGCCACAGGUGCCCAUUCCCCUGGGGUCUCUCCUAUGACGUCCUUUCGGGAAUCGCUCAGGACCCAGGCGCGGGGCUGCCCCUGGCCACGGACCCGAACAUAUGGCCGUCCAAGCAGGAACUGGGGAAUGCACGGAGGGAUUUGGAGCCCCCGGCUCCCACUACUGCCGACAACUACCCCAGCGCGGAGGUCUUCGAGGACACCAUCGAGAAAACUUUCCUGGAAGAGAAACUCCUCGACAUGGUGGCUGGGCCCCUGUCGGAACAGGAGGCAGCGGACCUCUGUGCCUGUUCGGUUGCAGAACUGUGUGUCGGGGCCAUGGCGGGCAUCCAGGAACUGGACAAGGUCAGGACCAUCUUCGACGCCUCGGUCAUCGGCGUCAACGACAACAUCAGGGCGAACACUGACAAGAAGACCACGGUCAACCGUUGGCUGGGUUACAUGGUGAACAUCUCCGAGGGCUCUGUGUGGCUCCCGGAAGAAAAGAUGACCAUCCUCCGUCCGGCCUUGUCGAAGUUGGCAGCAGGGGAACUUCAUACCAGAAAGGAAAUCACCUCCUUACUCGGCAAGUUGCAGUGGGUAGCGAAAGCAUACCCUCAGGUGAGCUCCCACCUUCAGCCACUCUAUGCUUGGGAGCAGAAACUUGAACGGAAGUGCAGACCGGGAGAACUUGUACGUUUCCUGGCAACUCUGCUCCUCUCCACCUUGGAUGCUGGCCCCUGCGUUCCCCUACGCCUGCAGCAUAACACUCCAUGCUACGGGAGUAGCGACGCUGGCGAGGACGAUGGCCGGGUGGCAAUUGGCGGCUGGUUCUCGCCCUCUCUCAACCCGGCCAAGGAGGAGGUCCUGUGGUUCUCCAUGGACGUCCUGACCACUCCAUGGGUGCAGCCCCUUUUGGCGCACACUUCUCCGAAGCGCCGGAUUGGGGCCCUGGAACUCCUGGGUACCCUCAUUCUUUUCCUUUUGGCUGCGGAGUCCUUGGGACCCAGCAUGUUGGAUGCUCACCUCCCUCUUACUACAGACAAUGAGGGUAAUGCCUUUUCAGCCAGCAAGAGAUCUUCGAAGAAGUGGCCUUUCUCGGCGCUUUUAAUGGAACUUUCCGCGCAGGAGUUCCACAAGGGUGUCUUCGCUCAGGUCACCCAUGUCAAGCGUAGCUCCAACACGUGGGCAGAUCAGCUCACUCACUUUGAUUUCGAAGGAUUCUCCCCCGUGAUCCUGGACAAGCUCCUUGCCCUCAAAUCGGAGCAAUAG